AUGCCUCGAGUUCGAGUGCCAGUUCCAGGAUAUCGUGUACGGCCUGGUGUAGGAUAUCCAGUGCGACCACCAGCAAGUAAAGGAGGUCUUCUGGGUUUACUCGGAGGCUUAGGUGGUCUACUUAUAUGUUUACUAUGCUUAGCGACGAUGGGUUUACUUGGUCUUUUUGCAGCAUUUAUUGCAGUGACCACUUAUCUCGGAUGGGUUUAUAGUGCAUUGAGAGCUGGUGGUAAUAAUGCACCUGGUUUUGACGUAAAUAUGAUCAUCUUAUUGGCUGCUUUAUGCUUUGCCGGUUUUUAUAAGUUACAACGAUCAUUAUAAACAAUAUUCUAUUUCUAUUUUUUAUUGUUUAUUACGGAGUCGUUGAUUCAUCGUCGCUGUUAUUUGUCUUUUUGAUUAUUUUAAUUUAAUCAAACUCGACGGGCAUUUUCUUUUCUUUCACAUAAACUUUUUUCUUUAAAACACCAAGAUUUUUCGUCGUUUUAUUUAAUUUCUUUUUUCUAACUUUUUAUUACACGCGUACACAGCGAUUUUUUUAUUUAAUGAACAAAAUAUUUUCAAAUAAGUGCCGAUUCAAAGACAAACAAUAGGUUCGUAACAAUAUGAAACAAUUAUUCUAAUGAAACCAUUAUCAUCAUCAUCAUCAACAACAACAACAACAUGUUCUUCAAAUAAUUCUAUUUUUAAUAACAAUGAUAUCACUUUGUAUUCGCUAAACAUAAACGACAAUUGAAAUAACCGAUGAUCUUUUUUUCGUGUAGCACGGAUGUAUUUUUUUCUUUUGAUCGAGCACUUUAUUUCCUUUUUAUUUUCUUUGUGUGUGAGAAAUAAAAUACAGAUAAAAAGAAAUCUUAUGACAUAUUUUUCUUCUGUGAAAUUCAUCAUGUAAAUUAAUCAACAAGAAUUAGUUAGUUUUCUAAUGAUUUAUUUUAUUUAAAUGGAGUCGAAGUUUUCCUAUGUUACCGUCAUCACUGAGAAGAAACAUUUAGAUCUCUCAGGUUAAUGUGAUUCUUUAUCGUGAUCCAAAAUAUCUUGCAAAAAAAUUCCUUAAAGAUUCACAUUCAAAGAUAAUUAUUUAUUGUUGGUUUCUUUUUCUUUUAGGAAAAACUCGAAAAAAAAAAACUCUUUCUAGAAAGAGAAAGACAACCAUGCUGAGAGUUUUCAUAAAUAUAUCGCUGUUUUCAAGGAAUAGAAAAUUCUCCAAAUAUUCAAAUUUCGUCACUUUUCCGAAGAUACUGAUUUUGUUAAUAUCGUUGGUAAACCGCAGUUAACUAAUGGUUCUGUAGGCUAGUUAAGUUCUACAAUUAAAUGAACAGAUAAUUUGAAUAUUUGCUAAAGAUUAUAUUUGUUUGUCUCAGUACAGAAGUUAUAAAAAUCACCAAUUUAUGUCGAAAAUAGAAAAAUAAUUGUUUUGAUUACAUAGGUCAAUACGUUAGAAAUCUCUCAUUAGUCAAAAGGCUUUUCUCAUAAUUUCGAUUGACUGAUAUUGUGUUGUUUUUUUCGUUCUUUAUCCUA